AUGAUGAUCCGAAAUAUUGGAGACAAUGCGACUAAAAAUUCCAAAGUUCAAAUCUCUUCUUCUGUACCGAAUAAAAAUAUGACAAACUCUAUUAAGAUUGAUGAUGAAAUCAGUAGAGAGAAAAACACUUCCAUUCAGAAAAUAUCUUUAACACAAUGUACACCUAUGUUGAAUAAUGGCAAACUGCAUCCACAGUCUAAACAAACAGUAACUAACAAUGAAUCAACUGCGUUAAAAAAUCAUUCAUUAAUGACAUCAUCACAACACACUAGAGAAGACAGAAAAACACAUCAAACAACAAUUGGGCAUACAUCGAAUCUAAACACAUUAACUCCAGAAAGGUUAAAUAAAAAUUCUGUUAAAACAGAUGACAUUUUUGAGUUAACGCUUAUCCCUCUUUCAUUGUGUCAUUCAUCAAAUACACCCGAAAAUCUUUGCCUACCUCGGCUAUCAUCGAAUACUUCAGAAGUACAGUUAAGUACACUGCAUGAUUUUAAACCUCCUGUAACACUUCUCAAUAAUAAAGAUGAAGAACACUCAGGGAAUACAUGUUAUUCACCGGCACAAAUUGUGGAAUAUAACUUACUCAGUGCUCCAUCAUCACUUGUAUCUAGUGCCGUGGUAACAUCUUCAGAUAUUCCAAAUUAUCGAAGUAAAAACUUAGAAACAGAGUACUAUCAACAUCUAGACUCACUAACUUCCACACAGUCUACACCUACUAUUAGUAAUAAUAAUAAUAAUAAUAGUAACAAUACAACGCCAGUAACGGAAACAGCAAUAAUGACAACGCUGACAGCAAGUCAUUCCAAUAAACACCUCUAUCAUCUAGACAGUCGUAACACGUCAAAUCAUGUUAUUACAAAUGAGGAGUCAUUACAACCUGCUGACAGAACAUUAUCAAAUCAUUCUACGUUUAAUGAUCAUAGAAAUAAUUUACUAACAUCUAGUGAAUGUCUUUCAUCUUCGUUAGAAAAUCAAAAAGUAGAUGACUUUGUCGCUAGUUCUAUUACUACUGUUACUACUACUAAUAAUAAUGAUAAUAACAGUAAUAUGGGUAGUAAUUCAGAUUUUACCAAUAAUCGUAAUUUCCCGCUACGAUCACGUUCAUUUUUUCAUUUACGUCGACUGGAUUCACCAAAUUCAAUUGGAUCCAGUUCAACAAAACCUAAUACAGAUAUAUUAUCUUCACCUUAUGAUUCAUCAAAUCAACUGACUGUCAGGACUUCCUCUUCACCAGUAUCUAUUUGUAGAGGAGAUCGUCAUUCAAACUAUCAUAAUUAUCAUCGAUGGCAGCAGCAGCAGCAACAACAACAACAACAGCACAGCUGUACUAAUUAUACUACUAAUAAUAAUACCAAUAAUAGUAGUAACAGUGUUAAAAAUAAACACGGUAAAUGUGAUAAGCAUAUCAGUUUAGGCAAAUCUAUAGGCGUUAGAUCAUAUUCAGCUAUGAGACAUCCAAAUGGAUGUGAUACACGUGUGUUUCGUUCACCACUUGAUGUACUGGCACCUUGUAAAGGAAAACUUCGAGUGGACAUAGAAUAUCAAUGUAAUUCAAUCAAACUGCAUGUAAUUGAAGCUAAAGGUCUACGCGCUGCCAACAAUCAAAAUUGUAAUUCUUUUGUGAAAGUGAACGUAACACCAGAUAAGGAAAAUUCAUGCGAACAGAUAUCUGAAACUAUUGAAAACUCCACAACACCUUAUUAUAACAAAGAAUUUUCAAUUGAUUUAAACAAAAUCAAAUAUGGAAGAAGAAUUUAUUUUGCAAUUUAUGUUAUUUCUAAUGAAAAAACGGAAAGUGAGUUUGUCGGUGGAAUGUCAUUUGGAAUAGCCAGUAUACAAAAUAAGAAACAUAUUUCAGGUUGGUAUUAUUUACUGGAUGAAAAAAUGUAUCGAAAAAAACACCUGAAAACUGCUCUUGAUCCUGCUGCCAACUUAGACAAUGCACUAUGUGCAAAUAAUGAGCACCAGUUGAUAAUGCAUACAUGUCACGUGACAAAUACACCAUCGUCAGAAGUGAUGCCAGCUAAGCCAACUACAUCGACAUCAGCAGUAGCAGGAUCAACAAUUAAUCAAGAACCAAUAUGGUGGAACUAUUCAAAUUAUCAACUACCAAUGAAUAAUGAAUUGAACAAUGAUCAUUUUACAAAAACACUGUCUAGUGAAUUACAUCUUGUAGAGAGUUCUGAUAUUGUUCACACCACCACCACCAACAACAACAAUAAUAAUAAUAACAAUAAUAAUAAUGGUAAUGGUGUUAUGAAUGACAGUUUUUGUAAGCAAAUCCACACCGUUGUAACACCUGCCAACUUCAUGAUUCAUUCACAGAAUCUACCGAAUACACCGCUGACUUAUCCCGUGAUAAGCUGUGAAAUAAAUACAUACUUAAGUCAGAUAUCAUCACCACCUGUCUCUACACGUGUGAAUAUGUCCAUACCGAAUACUAAUAAAGCGCUAAGUAAUAUGCGGAUUUUUCAGUUUAUUAUUCAAAAAGGUUCUAAAGGGUUUGGAUUCACUUUAUGCGGCAAUUGUCCUGUUUAUGUUAGUCAUGUUGAACCUGGUUCCCCAGCAAUGAAGUGUGGAAUACAAGCUGGUGAUUUUAUUGUUGCUAUUGACAAUUUGAAUGUAUCAAGAUCUACAAGUGACAGUGUUGUACGUAUGUUUAGAAUGUCUCAGCAUCCAGUUCACAUUACCAUAUCACGUCCAGUUAUAAUGAAGUCCAAUUUAUCCACACUGAAUAAUGCUCCAUCAACUAGUGGAAAAUCUCUGAGUAGUUUUAUAAAUAAAAGCUGUUUCUCUGCGCUUAAAAAGUCCUCCAGUGAAUCGACAAAGUUAACUCAACUAACAAAUAUCCUGAAUUUAAAUCAAACACUAUCUCCACCUUCUCCAGGGAAUCCUUCUCAUCAUCCUUACUACUAUCAACAACAUCAACCAGUUCAGUUAGAGGCAACGCCUUUAUCGUCAACAACAACAACAACAACCCCAUUACAACACUGUUGUCCUCCCGUGGACCAAUCAACAGUCAGAUUAUCUAGUUGUCUUACAUCUCCAAAUUUAUUACGUCAGUCAAAUUCGCUAAAUUGUUCAUCCUCAAUGAGUAACAUAAACAAUAAUUGUACAACAGGGGAAUUUACAGCCUCACAAACUACUCCUGGUUUACAUCAAACAAUGACAAACAAGUGUUUUGUAAGGACAGAUUUAAAAAAUUUACAUACUGAUCUACAGUUGGCUAGUACUCUAUCCUAUCCACCACCACUUUCUUCCAACCCUGUUUACCAUUUUCAUCAAAAGCAGCUACAAAAUCCUUUUCAUGGACAACUGCAGCAGCAGCAGCAACAACAACAACAACCACAGAAGAAGGUGAAUAGUCCCAGUAAGGUGACUGAAAAUGAAACAUCAUGUAGUGAUAAAGCACAAAGUGAACACAAAACUGUUGGACAAUCAAUUCAAAAUCGUGAGCAUUUAAUUGAUCCAAAAUGUUUAUUACAACACAAUCCACACACCACUGAUAAUAUUAUGGAUAAAUCAGAACUCCAUCAUCAGAUUCAUCAUUUCCUUCCACAAAAUGAAAAUCUACCUAGUCAUUCAAAUCUUUAUAAUAUCAGUACAGGAGAACAAUCAGGAUAUCCUAUUUCUCCUUCGCCUCAUCAUCAUCAUCAUCAUCAUCAUCAACAACAACAACAACAACAUCAUCCUCCACACCAUCCACAACAGAUGUUAAUGACAAUGAUGAUGACAGCUGCGACAACAACAUUUCCAGGAAUUAAUCAAUAUUAUUAUUAUUCAAAUCAAUCAACAGCUGGAUAUUUAGAACAUCAUGGUUGGUUGAAUCUUCUAGAUACAUGUGGAUGGAAAAAAGUUGAAGUGUUACUAUUUCCUGAUUUAUUAUUAAUUGCACAAAAAAAUGCCAGUGGUUAUUUCAAUGUGAUUAAAGAUCCUAUAUAUAAUACAAAAAUAUCCUACAUUAACAUUCCUCCGUAUGCUUCAGAUCAACUUAUCCUGCAAUAUUUGGCUGAGGAUAAUCGUAAACAGAUUGCACAUUUUCAAGGUUCAGAUGUUCAUGAGUGGUUAGUUCGCAUACAAAGACAUAUGGUAUAUAAUGGAAACUGGUGGAUGGGUGGUAAAUGA